AAAUUGCUUGCUUCUAUUUCAGUAUGACUAGAAACAUUCACCAUGCUGGCAGGAAUCCAGUAAUUAAAGGAAGGAUAUUUGUGUGCAUAGUGAAUCAUUUCAAAUACCGACAUAAAUCACGCCUAAACACCAUUAACCACAACAACCUUGGGCAAUUUCCCGGGCAAGGUGGAGCGGGACUAGGGGGAUCGUCAGAAAUGCCCGUCGUUUGCCCGGUUGUCUUUCCAGUCGUCCUCCGACCAUUAGACAUGGUUAUUCACGCGCGAUAGAAUAGCCCGCUGGUAAUGUAGCUGUAGAAUUUACAUACGCAGCUCGGUGACUCGACGUGUAUCAGCCAAGCGUCCGGAGUUCAGCCAAAGGGGUAAGCCAAGGUGCGUCAUCGGAACAGAAUGAUGCCCAAGCAAGUCGCGUGGAAAAAAAACCAUACACAUUCACGGUGGAGGAGUUCGGGACAGCAGAAUGCCUUGCUCUCUGAGAAAAGCCAUUGAAGCUGAAAUGAUCUCCAUUGGCCGCCUAGAAUAUGGUUUUGAAACAGCUUUGUGAAGACUAUAACACCUAUCCGGAGCGCUCCGGAUUCCUCUUGAUCUAGAGCUUGAUGCUCAGGGAGCCAUUCUUCUAGGCGAUCAAAUUCCUCGUUCGUCCAUGAUAGACCUUUCCUUAGGAAAUUAGUUAUAGCCGAUGAAAACCGGCUAUAACGCUCGGUCAGCCAAGUGGCCUUCUCACCUGACG